AUGGUCAUUCUUAGUGACAACUUUAGAAAGUCUUCCAUGAAACUAAAAUCUCUGCAUCUGAGGAGGGAGGUAUUGCAAAAACUUGUCAAACUUGGUGGUGGCUGGCGGACUACAGUUAAGAAUUAUGAUAUAACCGACGCUUUUCAGCUUGCAAAAGUGUACAGGAUCAGGGACCUUUAUCUUGUUUGGAGUAAUGAUUUGGAGAAGAAUGAAAGAUAUUUCCAGAUAAUAAGAAUUUGGGAUCUGUUGUCACAUCAACAUGUCGCAAGAAUUUUACAACGUCUUGAAAAUAUUUUUUCCAUGUACACAGAUGAUUACCUUGACCACUGCAGACAAGUGCAGACAGAGGGGAAACUUGAAGUUCCUAUAGUUUGGGAAGAUGUGCACGAUAUUAUUCGAUAUAAGAAGGAUAGCAGAGUUGAUGAAGAGGAAGAUCAUGAUCAUGUGGACACAUCAUGUGCUCUGGAGAGUACAAGAGUUAGUGAAAACUUCUUGCUGAUGAAAUUUUACUCUUUAUCAUCUGGUGUGGCAAAACAUUUGCUGACGGCUAAUGAUGGAACUGAAAUCGAUAUUCCCUUUGAACUUUCUGAUGAAGAGGAGGCAAUAAUUCGAUUCCCACUAACUAGCUUUAUACUUGGGAGGUCAGGCACUGGGAAAACCACUGUAUUGACAAUGAAACUGAUUCAGAUUGAGCAGCAGUCACUGAUUGCAUCCCAAGGGCCAGCUUUAGGUGAAGUUGAUUCAUUUGAGGUGGAUAACCAAAAUGUUGUACAGUCAAAGGAUGCCGGCAAACAAGAAAGCUUUGUAAAACAAGUCUUUAUUACUGUAAGCCCAAAACUUUGUUCAGCUAUAAAGAAUCAGAUUCUUAGACUUAAAAGAUUUGGCUCUGGUGAUGUAUCUGAUCAGCCCGAUAUUCUUCAUAUGCAUGAUACCAUUGAUGACCUGGAUGAGUUUACAGACAUACCCGAUGAUUUUAGUGAUCUACCAAGGGAACACUAUCCUCUUAUUAUAACAUACCGCAAAUUCUUGAUGAUGCUUGAUGGGACAUUUCAGAGUUCGUUUUUUGAUAUGUUUUAUGGUGAUCUCAAGUCUACCAUUGAAAGAGGGCACUCCAUAUCUCGUGCAUUGCAAGCUUUUAUUGAAUCUAAGGAAGUUACCUUUGAUAAGUUUUCUGUCACUUAUUGGCCUCAUUUCAAUUCAGUACUGACAAAGAGACUUGAUGCAUCAACUGUCUAUACAGAAAUAAUUUCUCACAUAAAGGGUGGCCACAACGCAAACAUGCUCUCCAGUGGCAAACUCAAAAGGCUGGAUUAUGUCAUGCUCUCUGAUAAAAGAUUUUCAUCACUGAACCGUGAGUUGCGAGAUAGGAUUUAUGAUAUUUUUCUUGGUUAUGAGCGUAUGAAGAGGGCAGCAAGAGAAUUCGAUUUGUCUGAUUUUGUAAAUAGUCUUCAUAGCCGUCUAGUUUCCGAGGGUUACAAGGGCAAUUUGGUGGAUUUUAUUUACAUAGAUGAGGUGCAGGAUCUUACUAUGAGACAAAUAUCACUUCUUAAGUAUGUCUACAGGAACUUCAAGGAGGGUUUUGUUUUUGCUGGUGACACGACACAGACUAUAGCAAAGGGUGUUGAGUUCAGGUUUGAAGAUAUUCGCUCACUGUUUUAUACAUCAUUCCUCUCAGAAAUUGAACAAUGCAAUCAAGGAACUAAACAUGGCAAACAAGUUCGUAUCACAGAUAUGUUCCAGCUCAGUCAAAAUUUUCGCACACAUUGUGGUAUAAUUCGUAUAGCUCAGAGCAUAAUGAGCCUUUUAUACUACUUUUUCCCAUCAUGUGUUGACAAGCUGAAUCCAGAGACUGGGCUGGUAUAUGGAGAAGCCCCUGUGCUGCUUGAGUCUGGUAAUGAUGAAAAUGCAAUAUUAAUUAUGACUAUUUUUGGAGAAAGCAGAAGUGAGCAUAGUAAUCAGCAUGGGUUUGGUGCUGAGCAAGUCAUAUUGGUUCGCGAUGCUGCUGCCAAGAAGCACGUUAUGGACCUUGUUGGUAAACAAGCUCUUGUUUUGACAAUUGUUGAAUGUAAGGGCCUUGAGUUCCAGGACGUGCUGCUGUAUAACUUCUUCAGUUCAUCACCGUUAAGGAACAAAUGGAGAGUUUUGUAUGAUUACAUGGAGAAUAAAAAUGUUAUAGCAUUGUCUAAAGAGGGGUCUCAUCCAGAUUUCGAUAGAAACAAGCAUUAUCUGCUGUGUUCAGAGCUGAAGCGGCUGUAUGUCGCGAUCACACGAACUAGGCAAAGACUCUGGAUAUGUGGGAAUAAAGAUGACUACUGUCGACCAAUGUUUGACUACUGGAAGAAGUUGUGCAUUGUGGAGGUUAGACUACUUGAUACUUCUCUGAUUCAAGCAAUGCAGACAGGGAGCAGUGCUGAUGAUUGGAGGCUACGUGGUACUAAGGUUGUGCUUAUACUUGGCUGA